UUGACUCUCCAGAUUGACGAGGACAAGUCCGAAUUCGAGAGCGAGCUGACCGAUCAGAUGGACGAGAUCGAGAGCAUCAAGGCUGGCGAUCUGCUCACUGAGAGUCGAUAUCGAGACCUUCGUGACCGGUACUCCGGCAUCUUCCAGGCGGGCAUGGGAGCGGAGUCGGUGCUCGAAAGGCUCAACAGCCUCAGUCUCGACGAUCUUCGCGACGAGUUGCAGGCGGAGAUGCAGUCUACCUCCGGCCAGCGAAGAAAGAAGGCCAUCAAGCGUACGAGGGUGGUCGAGGCGUUCCGCAAGAGCGGCAACAGGCCAGAGUCCAUGGUUCUCACAACGCUUCCAGUACUGCCUCCGGAGCUGCGUCCGAUGGUCCAGCUCGACGGCGGCAGAUUCGCGACAAGCGACCUGAACGAUCUUUACCGCAGGGUCAUCAAUCGCAACAACCGUCUCAAGCGGCUUAUAGAGCUUGCCGCUCCCGAGAUCAUAGUCCGCAACGAGAAGCGGAUGCUCCAGGAGGCAGUUGACGCACUGGUGGACAACGGCCGUCGUGGCCGGGCCGUGGCGGGCAGCCACAACCAUCGCCUCAAGUCGCUGUCGGACCUGCUCAGAGGCAAGCAGGGCAGGUUCAGGCAGAAUCUGCUCGGAAAGCGCGUGGACUACUCGGGCCGCUCCGUCAUUAUCGCGGGGCCGGACCUCAAGCUACACCAGUGCGGCCUACCCAGGAGAAUGGCGCUCGAGCUCUUCAAGCCGUUCGUCAUGAACCGCCUGGUUAUGAAGGGGUACGCACACAACAUCAAGAGUGCCAAGCGCAUGGCCGAACGCAUACGACCGGAGGUCUGGGACAUCUUGGAGGAGGUCGUCAACGACAGGCCGGUGCUUCUCAACCGCGCACCAACGCUGCACAGGCUCGGCAUUCAGGCCUUCGAGCCUGUACUCAUUGACGGCAGCGCCAUCCAGCUCCACCCUCUUGUCUGCACAGCCUUCAACGCUGACUUCGACGGCGACCAGAUGGCAGUACAUGUGCCGCUGUCACGCGAGGCGGUGAUGGAAGCGCGCAAGAUGAUGCUGAGCACGUUCAACAUGCUCUCCCCCAGCUCCGGGGAGCCGAUAGUCGCGCCGACGCUGGACAUAGUGCUCGGCACUUACUACAUGACGAUUAUCGACGAGCGCGCGCGCGGCGCGGCGCGACUCUUCAGCAGCCGCGACGACGCCCGUCUCGCGCACGAACUGGGCUCCAUUGAGUUGCGCGCACCCAUCAAGGUAAUGAUGGACGGCCAGCCGGUGGAUACCACCGUUGGGCGGAUCAUAUUCAACGACACUCUGCCAGCGGAGAUGGGGUUCCGCAACGACGAGAUCGAGAAGAGCAAACUCAAGGAGAUCGUCGGCGAGGUCUAUGCCACCCUCGGCAACGAGGGUACCGCAGAAGUCCUCGACCAGAUCAAGAAUCUGGGCUUCAAGUACGCCACCAAGGCAGGAAUCACCAUCGCCAUCAGCGACGUCGCCGUGCCAGAAGAGAAGGACGGAAUCGUCAAAGAUGCCGAAGAUACCGUUAGCAGGCUCGAAGAGCAGUACCUGGACGGUCUCAUAACCGACGAGGAACGCUACCAGAAUACUGUCGCCAUCUGGACCAAGGCCAACGACGACCUGACCGAAGUCAUUCAGAGGAACCUCCGCGACUACGGUGGAAUCUAUCUGAUGGCCAACUCAGGGGCAAAGGGCAACAUAGCGCAGAUCAAGCAGAUGGCCGGUAUGCGCGGCUGA